UCUUGGCCUUGGCGGCGGCGCAGUCUCUCCAAGGUGAAACUCCCUGCUGGUUUUGCCGCGAGUCCUUAGCCGCUGUUUGUGCUGUGGCUGUGGCUAGUUUUGCGGCGGGUGGCUGGCCAUGGAGCGCCCGGGGCCCAGUGAAGUGACAGGCUCAGACGCAUCGGGACCGGAUCCGCAGCUGGCGGCUACCAUGGGCUUCACGGGGUUCGGAAAAAAAGCUCGAACAUUUGAUUUGGAAGCAAUGUUUGAACAAACACGAAGAACAGCUGUGGAAAGAAGUCGGAAAACACUGGAAGCAAGAGAAAAAGAGGAAGAAAUGAACAGAGAGAAAGAAUUAAGAAGGCAAAAUGAAGAUAUUGAACCAACAUCAUCGGGCUCACAUGUAGUCAGAGAUUGCUCCAAGUCAUCUUCCAGGGAUACAAGCAGCAGUGAGAGUGAGGAGAGUUCUGGUUCUUCUGAUGAUGAAUUAAUUGGCCCUCCUUUACCCCUUAAAAUGAUGAAAGAACCAAGUAAUCAUAUUGAGGAAGAUAUCCUCGGUCCUUUACCUCCACCUCUUUAUGAAGAAGUAGAAGAAGAUGAUGACGAUGACGGUGAUUCAGAGGAGGAGGAAAAUCCUGUCCAAAAGAUUCCUGACUCACAUGAAAUAACUCUAAAGCAUGGCACUAAAACAGUUUCUGCUUUGGGUCUGGAUCCCUCAGGUGCCCGUUUGGUGACUGGAGGAUAUGACUAUGAUGUUAAGUUUUGGGAUUUUGCUGGAAUGGAUGCUUCUUUUAAGGCAUUUCGAUCCCUUCAGCCCUGUGAAUGCCAUCAGAUCAAGUCACUACAGUAUAGUAACACAGGAGACAUGAUUCUUGUUGUAUCUGGAAGCUCUCAGGCCAAAGUGAUUGACAGAGAUGGUUUUGAAGUAAUGGAAUGUAUAAAGGGAGACCAGUAUAUUGUGGACAUGGCAAACACCAAGGGUCAUACAGCAAUGCUUCAUACUGGUUCAUGGCAUCCCAAAAUAAAGGGAGAAUUUAUGACUUGCUCAAAUGAUGCGACUGUGAGGACGUGGGAAGUUGAAAAUCCAAGGAAGCAAAGAAGUGUGUUUAAACCACGGACAAUGCAGGGCAAAAAAGUAAUUCCCACCACGUGCACAUAUAGUAGAGAUGGAAACCUCAUAGCAGCUGCCUGCCAGAAUGGAAGCAUACAGAUCUGGGACCGAAAUUUGACUGUUCAUCCUAAAUUCCACUAUAAACAGGCUCAUGACCCAGGCACAGACACUUCUUGUGUGGCUUUUUCCUAUGAUGGUAAUGUCCUUGCCUCUCGUGGAGGUGAUGAUACAUUGAAAUUAUGGGACGUCCGACAGUUUAAUAAACCACUUUUUUCAGCCUCGGGUCUUCCUACCUUGUUUCCAAUGACUGACUGCUGUUUCAGUCCAGAUGAUAAACUCAUAGUCACCGGGACAUCUGUUCAAAGGGGAUGUGGCAGCGGCAAACUCGUUUUCUUUGAGCGCAGGACUUUCCAAAGGGUGUAUGAAAUAGACAUCACGGAUGCGUAUUUCCCAUGGGCCCACGCUUCAGUCAGAAUUUCAGCUGGGCCGGGGACAUUUGCCCCUCUGCCAACCAGUUUGAGGAAAGCAGAAGCUGAUCAUCACGUAGGAUACAGAAAGAAGUGUCCCAUAGGGCGCAUGUUUGUGAAGAUUCAGGGAUUGUGGACAGAAGUGAAAAUUAUGCCUUCAGAAAGUGAUGAAUUGUAUCAUUGUUUCCUAAACCUUGAAAACUUUGACAGAAUUCUGCUUGCCAGAGUUGUCAUUGAGAGUGUUGUCCGCUGCCUGUGGCAUCCAAAGCUGAACCAGAUCAUGGUAGGAACUGGCAAUGGAUUGGCUAAAGUCUAUUAUGACCCCAACAAGAGCCAAAGGGGAGCAAAAUUAUGUGUGGUUAAAACCCAGCGGAAGGCAAAACAAGCUGAGACUCUAACCCAGGACUACAUCAUCACCCCUCAUGCCUUGCCUAUGUUCCGUGAGCCCCGCCAACGGAGUACAAGGAAGCAGCUGGAGAAGGACAGACUGGAUCCCUUGAAGUCGCAUAAACCCGAACCUCCUGUGGCAGGCCCAGGUCGUGGUGGCCGGGUUGGAACCCACGGGGGCACUCUGUCGUCAUACAUUGUGAAGAACAUUGCUUUGGACAAAACUGAUGACAGCAAUCCCCGGGAAGCCAUUCUGCGGCAUGCUAAAGCAGCUGAAGACAACCCAUAUUGGGUUUCUCCAGCAUAUUCUAAGACUCAACCCAAAACCAUGUUUGCCCAAGUUGAAUCUGAUGAUGAGGAAGCAAAGAAUGAGCCAGAAUGGAAAAAGCGUAAAAUUUGAAGACUCUCACAUGAGAGCUGUUUGCAUGAGGGGGAGUGAUAUUGGACAGUUGUUUUGUUUUGUUUUUUAAAUGAAAUAAAAAAUACAUUUUUAUGAA